AUGGCUCAUUCUGCGUCAUCCCGCUCCAAAAUCAUCGAGAACAAGCCGCCAUCUGAGUCAGCAGCCAUCAUUGCCGAUAGCGAACACCUCCUAACUCAGAUGCUCAUCAAGCUUCCUCCAAAACCCCUCCUCCGUUUUCAGUGCAUCUCCAAGUCAUGGCUUUCCAUCAUCUCUGACCCCGCCUUCCGCCGCCGCUGGGCUACUGUCCGGAGAAACUCCGGCGACGUUAGUGUUUUCUUCUUUUCCUCUCGCGUCAAGGACAUUGGAGUUAUUUUUUCUCUGGGUUCCGAAGGAGGGGUUUCACCGGGGGUCUUUAAUUUGAAUCCGUUGAAGGAUUUUAUGAAUGAUGAGCUUGACGUUUCUGUACACGGUUGCAAUGGGCUGUGGUGUAUUCAACGUGGGAAGGAGUUUGAUCGCAUUUCAAUUGUUGUUUGCAACCCCACCACUUGGCAGCACCGAGAAAUUCCCAUUCCUCGCGGUACUCGCUGGCCAAAGCUUCGUUACUCUAACAUAGCUUUUGAUCCUCAAAAUUCAGACCAUUACAAACUUGUAUGUUGGGGUAUAGACCAAAUGGAUUUCCGAUUCAUGGUCUAUUCCUCUGAAUCUGCGGAGUGGAGGGUUAUCAAGGAUCAUAUUGGCCACACAACUUGGGUAGAUUAUAAUUUUGAGAAUGGGAUUUUCUGGAACGGGCACCUGCAUUUCAUUGGGCAUGUUAGAUUGGUAGGGAUGUCUCAUAUAUGCUUGGAUGUGGAAAAUGAAAAGAUUAUAUCAAAUUUGACUCCAAUUCCCGAUAGCUGUAAGCCUAUCUUUUAUUUCGGGGAGGCAGGCAAGGAUUUGUGUAUUGUGAGCUUGCACAAUGCCGAGUUAGGUACCAAGUUUGAUGUUUUUGCACUGAAGAGGGAUCACUCUAUGUGGGCUUUCAAGUAUCGAUUUGAUGUUGCCCCUUUGAUCGCUACAUAUCCUGAAAUUGGAACAUUUGAAUUUUUUAUUUCUUCCUUCAUUGUGAGAGGAGAGAAAGCUAUGAUCAUGAUUUCAUUGGCUGGGAAAUUGAUUUCUUUCGAUAUUAGCAAUAUGAUGGUCGAUGAACUCAUUGGAUUUGAAGGUCGGUUGGAAGAUUACAGAUGGAAAAAUGUUUUCCAGCAUGUGGAAUCCCUUGCAUUGGUCUGA